UAGAAAUAAAUUGGCAGCACCGCCAUCUUUUCUGACAUUUUGACAAAUGUUGGAGUCUAAAUCAGUUUUAAUGUUUAUAGUUAUGUUAUAUUAAUCAACUAAUCUUAAUUUAUAUUGUAUUAAAAGUUAAGGUUUUUUAUAUUAUGAUGGAUGUAAAGCUGGAAGUGGAUACAUUAUCAAUGUGUCGGAUAUGCCUACAAAAUAGUGAAGAAGGUGAAGAAAUGGCAUCUAUUUUCGACCAAGAUGCAGAAUCGGUUUGCCUAUACGAAAAAAUCGAGAGUUGUGGAGGCAUAAAGAUUCUGACCGAACCAGAACUUCCAACUCGUAUUUGCAAGAAAUGCAAUGCUUUCCUUACAAUUGCACAUAAAUUUCGUAUAAUAUGCAAAAAUUCAGAUGAUUACCUACGUGAAUUUGUUUGCAAAUCUUCCGAUAACUGCGAAGAUGAUGACAGUAAUUCAGAAUACAUAAGUGAGUACAGUCCAAAAACAUCAGAUACACAAGUUCUGCAGCAAAGUGGUCACAAUAUCGACGAAACACCAGCGGAAAUUGAUUAUGAGGAAGUGGCAAUAUACUCAGAAAUGUGGUUGCAAGACGGUGAAAACGAGGAUGAUCUGAUUGUUGAAGACCAUGGUGAUGGUUCACAGCAUUCUCCAAACCCCCAAAACCAAAUUUCAAACCCUAGCCCUUCUAAGAAAACAUUGGGUAUAUCGUCAGACGGUGCCGCUGUUAUACGUGUGAGAAAUGAACGACACCUAAAUAAAGAAAAGCAAAUACACAUAUGCGACAUAUGUGGUAAUGUUUACCCGCGUAAAUAUGCGCUAGAGGCGCAUAUGAGGCGACAUCGUAAUGAACGACCAUAUGAGUGCGAAAUUUGCUCGCAAUCAUUUCAUCUAAAUUUUCAACUAACACGCCAUAUCCGCAAACAUACUGGAGUACGACCUUAUGCUUGCCAGUACUGCAAACGGACAUUUGCUGAUCGAUCGACAAUGCUUAAGCAUGAAAGGAUUCAUCGCAAUGAACGGCCUUAUACCUGUGAUGUAUGUGGAAAAAGCUUUACCUAUUCCAGUGUUUUAAAAGUACAUACCCUAACACAUACGGGAGAAAAACCUUUUAUCUGUGGCAUUUGCGGCAAACGAUUUUCCCGAGCUCAUCACCUUCGAGCGCAUUUGGAAACACUAUUGCAUCAAAGUGAUCCUCGUUCCAAAAUACUCCUCAAACAAAUAAAGCGUGAAGAGGAUCUGGGCAACGCAUGUGAAGAAUUAAUAAAUUCGUAAUGUAACAUUUUCAUAUCGUUGUCUUGCUACUGAGUGUAGAGAUUAUUUAAUGUAAAAUAUAUCGCACUUGUAUUAUUAAAACCA